UUCAAAACACUCCACUCUAGGGAACUUUACCUGCAUUUUUGGUAACGGAGGGCGACGUUUAGACGGAAGGCAAAGACGGAGAAAAAAAUCAACGUUUUUAAUUUCAUAUGGAUACGUGCAAUUUUUAUUGACUUGUGCGUCGGCGGAAACUGACCAGGUAUAUUAGCUUGUCCCAGCGUUUUUGAGCGACGCACUUCAAACGGAAGUCAUGUCUUUUCCCUUUAAAUAUGCCUGGACACUACAAAAUGUGUAUUGCUUAGUGUCCUUUCUAUUAUAUAGACAAGUUGCCGAAAAUUUUGGGCAAAACCACUGCCCGUGAAUCCAAAAUGUCCACUUUUGACGUUGACGUUACUCGCUCAAAAACGCCACUGCUUCAUUGCCUCCCUACUAUUUCUUUCAGUCGGUUACCUUCCAAGUUAAAGUGAAGCAAUUAAACUCUCGCGAGUUUGAGCAACGACGAUAAAGAAGACGUGAUCAAAGUUAAAAAAAAAACAUGUGGAAUUUGCAGAGACUAACCUACAUUUUGGUGUGCUUCAGUUGGCUGUCUGUAGGUGAGUACAGCCGACCAUAAUUAGCGAUUGCCAAACGCAUGCACCCACAUGCACAAUCGGAGUUAUAUCUAACAAUCACUGUAGCUAUAAGAGGGGCGUUAUGCUACAACAAACUAACUUGCGUAUUUUAACAUUCAAUACAACCCGUGACAAAGGCUCAAGGACGUCUCAGUGAGUCCUUAUCACAUAGAAAACAACUUGCUAACAGUUACGCCGCGUAAUGACUUUCAUGCGCUUGAGCGAUGCAACGUAAUUUUGUCAACACAAUUCCCCUCUGGCACCGGCCUUCCACAACGUCAAUACGUAUCCUUGUUUUUAAUUAAUGAAACAGUGUGAAGUAUACCUGUGUUAUUUCCUUCUCUUUCUUCCCUAAACUACGUGUCGUAGGAAAUUCACUGAACAGAGUUCUCAAUGUGAUUUUCCUGUCAUUAACUUGCGUAAUGAAAUACCGUGGUCAAAGUUACCCAAGGAAGUUCAUCGGGCCGGUAUCAAGGAGAAAGACACUUGAGAAAAUAUUGGCUGGUGUUUGAGGCCAUGAAUUUUCUUUGUCUUCCUUUUAGUCUCUUUGGCUGUUUAUUAAGGCUUACACCGAGCUGUGUCGGGUCCUCUUCUCGCAAAGUCAAUCAGUUCAAUCGUUAAUGACUAAAAUUAUGCAUGAAGUCAACGAGAUUUAGGCACGAUCAGAUGGUUUUUGUAAAAAUUGUAAGCACCCUCUGCCUCCAUAAUCGUCCUUAGGAGCAGAAGGGUUAGAAAAAACAUGAUUUAGCUUUCUAAACAACAAAUUUUUAACGUAUAGCAUUGAUGCCCUGACAUGUAGUUAAUGCGCAUUGGAUUGUGUGUCAUAGCGUCCUGUGGACAGUUCUUUUCUAGAAUAGUUGUGGUUAGGGCGACAAAAAAACAAAGGUCCGGAUGUAAGUUUUCAAGUUUCAUACCUUUCGUUGCACUCGACUGAGCAUAACUAGUAAAAGAAGGUGAUCAGGUUUUAUAACUCAUGUCUCCUGGUCACCUUUAACAUAAUCGUUCUGGAAAUUAAUGAUUAUCAAUUCAUAUUUCAAUGAAUGAAAUUAUUUUAAGUAAAUGCUCAGAAAAGUUUUUAAAAAAACGACUGAUGUUCAAUUGCCUCCCUUGACUCACUUCAAAGUGAACUCUCACUUUGCGGGACACCAUCGGGACUGGCGCCGAUUGAUGGCAAAAAUUAACUAAUCAGCGCGCGAGAAAUCACCCGUUUGUUAUAUAUAAAAUAGCCAUGCAGUCAUAUAUGGCAUUGAAGAGCUGGCUAAUAUAAUAUAAUAAUAACUGAAUAAUAAAAUAAUUUUUCUAAAAAUUAAUAAUAGCGUAAAAUAACAAAAAAAAAAAGAAAAAGAAUGAAAUAAUCAAGAAAAAGAAACUGGUAUCCUCUCUGAGUAUGAGAAAGCAAUAUUUUGUCGCGAACGAUUAAAAUUUGUUUGGCGAGUGAGGGUUCAUGCAAGUGACAGUAAUGAGUGCAUAUGAGUGAAAGCUUGCUUCUAAAUUCAAAAUAUAUUAAAAUGGGUCGCGAGGAAGGGGCUUUUUAUUAAAGCUCUCCUCACACAGCCACCUCUUGUAAUUGUUUGCCAUGAGUUAAUCAUUUGGCAGUUAUCCAUUUAUGGUUCUGCAAUGGUUUAAAAAAUGUCGGUACAGUAUUUUAUGUCGAGCCAAGUCGGUAAGUAGCUCAUUUCAAGCCAACAUAUCUCCUUAUAUAUAACCGACAUUUGCUUACUUGAGGUGCUUUGCUUCACUUGAGGUUGAAGAGUAUAGGGGCUCCUGUCUUUGGAUUUUAGUGGACAAUACUCACCUUCGUAUUAGUUUCUAUACUGUUUACAGUCAGGAUGAUAUUUCAGACGUCUCCUCGAGUCGCAAGAGGAGUUUGCCGGGAGGCGGCUAAAAUUCAGGCUAACUGAUAACAGUUAGAAACUACCGCUGUGCUACCACUGCCACUGCAACUAUUCACGGCGAAGUCCAAAGCGACGAGCCCCUAAGCUCUUCUUACGGUCGCAAAGCCAUAAAUGAAUAACCGAUAAACCGCAUGGCAAACAUUUAUAAGAGGUGGCUGUGUGACGAAAGCUUGAAACCCGUCUCCUCGCGACCCAUUUAAUAUAUUUUGAAUUUAGAAUUCACUCAUUACUGUCAUUUGAAUGGACCCUCACUCGCCCAAAAAAUUCAUUGCGACAAAAUAUUGUUUUCUUAUACUCGGAGAUGAUACCAGUUUCUUUUUCUUUCUUUUUUUCUUUGUUUCUUUAUUUUUCGUUUUUAUGUUAUGUUAUGUUAUGUUAUGUUAUGUUAUUUAUUUUGUUAUUAUAAAUUUUUGCAAUGAAUUGUUUUCUAUCUAUUGUUCUUUUUAAUAUUUAUUAUUAUUAUUAUGAUUAUUAAUAUUAUUAUUAUAUUAAUUAAUUAUUAAUUUUUUCAUAAAAAAAAUACUUUAAUGUUUCAUGUUCCGGAAUGUUCCAUGUUCCGGGUUUUAUCGACGUCCUUCGUGGCGUUAGGGAGUUUUAAAUGCCACGACAGCUGACAACCACGAAAACGUCGCAUGAAGACUGAACUCACAUUUUUUCAGUGUCUAUCGUGAUUAUUCCAACUCACUUACUUUGUCAAAUGCAAGAGAACUCUUCUGGAGCUGAAUUUCUAUCAACCAUAUCCAAGUUCAUAAAGAGAAAGAAAAUUUUGUCAUUGCUUGUUUACGUCCUUCCCAAAACUAGAAGUUAGGCAUUUUCACGUGGUAGUCAGGAGUCGUUCAGUGACGGCAAAGAAAUAUACAAAAAAGCGUGAUGCACGUGCAAAGUUGUUGUUUUGCCUUGUCAAGCUACUGCUUUUUUUGCUUUCUCGUCGCCGCUUCAUCUUAAACUUCCUAUUAUUUACGAUACAUUGUGAUCUGUCAGAAACAGAAUUUUCUCAGUGCAAAUUAAAUUGCUCCUGCUGAUAGUAUCUAAAACGUUUUUCGACUCAUCGGUACUUCCUUCGUUUAUGGUUAGGAAAGCUUGGUGAACGAACAGGGUUUUGAAGGCCUAAAUGUAAUAAACGGUCCUAAAUGUAAUAACAUUUUGUCCUAAAUGUAAUAAAGUCCUAAAUGUGAUAACAAUUUGCCCUAAAUGUAAUAAACUCUUAAGCUGCCAAGUACAGUAAUUAUUCGAUUAAGCCCCGCCUUCAAAUAAGCGCCGCAUUUGGGGCACAGGGGAGUUAAUUAGCGCCGCAGCGCUUAUUCGAGUAAAUACGGUACUAAGCGAUAUUACUAUGGUAUUAAGCUCCGCUCUCAAAUAAGCGCCGCAUUUUUGGCGAAAAAGUUAAUAAACGCCGCGGCGCUAAUUCGCGUAAAUUCGGUACAUUUCCUUAUGCACUGUGAAACUUAACGUUUACAAAUAAAUUGCUUGUAAACGGCAAAGUAACAGUAUUUUUGUAAAAAAGCAAUAUUUAAGCAAUAGAAAACGUUUUUCCUGUGUUCCGAGGAUGUAGGGUAGGCAGAUGAAUCGCAAAUCAGUUUGUUAAGACACUCGGGGAUAGGGCGGGGAUAGGGCGUUUGAAAUGCUGCGCCCAAAGUAUGGAACCGACUCCCUCUAGAAAUUAGCCAAAGUCAAUCAUUGAACAUUUUUAAAGUUUUACUAAAGACACAUCUUUUUAAACUACCUUUUUUUUAGUUCUUUUAUUAAGUCAUAUUUUACUUUUAUUGUUUUCCGAAAAUACUAAAUUAUUAUUAUUAUUAUCAUUAUUUGGAUUAACCAUUUAUUACUUUAAGAUUUUAGUGUUGUAAUGCGCAUUCGAUCAUAUCUUUAUCGCAUGCUAGACUGUGCAAUAUAAGAAAUAAACAUUAUUCAUUAAUAUUAUUAUUCGUCUGAGAAGCAGCGCAUGCGAGCUGAGCUGAGGGGGGCGAAGAAGGUUAUGCCAGUUCUCAGUACAUCUUACACAAAACUGUGCUAUGGAAGUAAUCUAGGAAAAUCAUCAUCAUACCAGUCUUAAAAUGAAAUCUGUCUAGAACCUUUGAUUUUAUUGAACUUAAACGCUAGAGUUUAUCAACAAGUCCGGAAGAAUUAGAGAAUUUUACUCACGCUUUGGUUCUGUUCAUUUUCGUAAAGAACUUGUUUUACUCUCUUCUCUCGUCAGCACAUUCGCUUAAAUGCUACAGGUGCAAAGCAAGGUCUGCAGAAGAAUGUUCAGCGAGCCAAAAUGUUACAACAUGUGACGAUAGACUGAGGUGUGCUAUACUAACGUAUGAUGACCAUGGUUUCCAGUACUUAAAGGACUGUUUAUGGGCUGGCUUUUGCGACGUGAGCAAAUAUCUUACCAAUUGCACUAUACAGGUCUGUGGUGUUGAUUACUGCAACGGUCCACUUCCCACAACACCAUCU